AUGAAUGAAUAGAGAUGUCCUUGUGAGGCGUAUAAUAAUAAUAUUUCAGAUUGUAUUUAUUAUGGUCAUUAUUAUAAAUGUGGGUGGAAUGAGAAAGAAAAGAAAUGUGUAGAGUUUUGUGAAUCUAUAGAUGAAAAUAAUUGCAAUCUAAUGAAUUCAUAUAGAUAAUGUAAGUGGAAUGGAAAAUCGUGUGUUAAAUACAAUUACACUUGCCCAGAAUAUGAUGAAGAACCAAGAAUAAAUUGUUUGGAUUAUUUAGAUUGUUAUGAAAAUGCUGAAGGUAAAUGCAAAACUUUUACAUCUUGUGGAGAUUUAAGUCUAACGAUUUGUAACUAAUGGGAGAGCUGCAUUUUAAGUGAUGAUUAAUCGUCUUGUGUCAAUGUUAAAUGUGAUGCUAUCAUGGAUAAGGAUUCGUGCUAUGGUAAAAGCAAUUAUUUAGGGAAGGAAAGAUGUGUUUGGUCAACAAGUGAAAAAUGUGAAAUAUUUCCAGAUUUUGAGAACUGUGAAGAAUUAUCGUUCAAUGAAAAUUAUUGUAAGUAAUCUAAUUGCUAAUGGAAAGAUGGAAUCUGUUAACGUUGGAGAUGUGAAUAGGGUUUAAGGGAAUAUAAUUGUGGCAUAAACUUCUUUAAAAAAGAUUAUCUUAUUGUUUGUGCUUGGGAUUAGAGAACUAAAUCUUGUAUAGAACCUAAAGAUAUAUCUGAAAUUUCUAAUAAUUUUUGUGGGCAAUAUACUUACUUUACAUAUUUUUUGAAUGAGGAUAAUAAAUGUGAAAAAUGUAUCAAUUAUAAACCCAUUACAAAUAAUAGUGAAAAUUCAAAUAAUACUAAUAACAAUAAUUCAUCAAAUAAUUAAACUUCAAUUGAUANUGAAAUAAAAAUAGUGUCUAUUAAAAUAUAUUUUGGUUAAAACCUAUAAAACUAAUUGAGAUGUUAUUCUAUUAAUUUCAAAAAAAAUUAUAAUAUAAUGUUAAAAUUUGUAAGGUAGAAUAUUUUUUUAAAUAAGUCUAUGAUUUAAUUAAAAUAUAGAUUAUAUAUAUAUGUUUAUGAAAAAUUUUUUUUUCACAAUGUGGCUUAAUUUUAUAGCACUUUCAAAUGUGUUAAUUGAAAUGAAUGAAUAGAGAUGUCCUUGUGAGGCGUAUAAUAAUAAUAUUUCAGAUUGUAUUUAUUAUGGUCAUUAUUAUAAAUGUGGGUGGAAUGAGAAAGAAAAGAAAUGUGUAGAGUUUUGUGAAUCUAUAGAUGAAAAUAAUUGCAAUCUAAUGAAUUCAUAUAGAUAAUGUAAGUGGAAUGGAAAAUCGUGUGUUAAAUACAAUUACACUUGCCCAGAAUAUGAUGAAGAACCAAGAAUAAAUUGUUUGGAUUAUUUAGAUUGUUAUGAAAAUGCUGAAGGUAAAUGCAAAACUUUUACAUCUUGUGGAGAUUUAAGUCUAACGAUUUGUAACUAAUGGGAGAGCUGCAUUUUAAGUGAUGAUUAAUCGUCUUGUGUCAAUGUUAAAUGUGAUGCUAUCAUGGAUAAGGAUUCGUGCUAUGGUAAAAGCAAUUAUUUAGGGAAGGAAAGAUGUGUUUGGUCAACAAGUGAAAAAUGUGAAAUAUUUCCAGAUUUUGAGAACUGUGAAGAAUUAUCGUUCAAUGAAAAUUAUUGUAAGUAAUCUAAUUGCUAAUGGAAAGAUGGAAUCUGUUAACGUUGGAGAUGUGAAUAGGGUUUAAGGGAAUAUAAUUGUGGCAUAAACUUCUUUAAAAAAGAUUAUCUUAUUGUUUGUGCUUGGGAUUAGAGAACUAAAUCUUGUAUAGAACCUAAAGAUAUAUCUGAAAUUUCUAAUAAUUUUUGUGGGCAAUAUACUUACUUUACAUAUUUUUUGAAUGAGGAUAAUAAAUGUGAAAAAUGUAUCAAUUAUAAACCCAUUACAAAUAAUAGUGAAAAUUCAAAUAAUACUAAUAACAAUAAUUCAUCAAAUAAUUAAACUUCAAUUGAUAAUAAUUCAACUAAUUCUUAAAAUAAUACAACUAAUUCUUAAAAUAAUACAACUAAUCCUACAAGUAAUUCAUCAACUCUUACAAAUAAUACUUCUACCUAAGAUUCAAAGAACUAGUAGACUGGAAAAUCAAAGUUUUAAUUUAUCCUGCAGAUUUUAAUGAUUAUGAUUUUGUUCAUUUAUUGA